GCAGCAGCAGGAUGGCGGCGGCGGCGGCUCCGGAGCGCCGGGCCUUCGCGCACCGCAUCAACCGGACCGUAGCGGCUGAAGUGAGGAGGCAGGUGUCCCGAGAGUACGGCAGUUCCCCACAGCUCUCCAAGAAGCAUGGAGGCAUCCCACAGUCGGUGCCUUUAACAGAAGUGGUGGAGCCAGUGGACUUCGAGGAGUACGUAGGGAGCCACGUGCCGGAUACCGACUCUGGCCCAUUGCAUGACCUGGUUGAGUUUCCUGCCGAUGAUUUGGAGGUGAUCCACGAACCGCGGGACUGUCGGACACUGGAGCCUGGUGUCCCUGAAGAUGGAAAGCAGGAUGCCCGGGUACGAGAUGCUGUACAAAUCUACGCGGAAGACUGGGUCGUUGUCCGGCGGAAGUACCAAAGACUGAGCACCGUGUACAGUGCCAAUUCGGCUGACAGGCAAAGGGAUCGGCAGAAGGAGCUGGCCAGGCAAGAUUUCGAGUUAGAUAUGGUGGCCGAGGAGCACAGCAGUCAGGGAGAUUCAGAUGACCUGAAACGCUGCUCGGCCUCUAUGGAUGACACACCUCGAGGCAGCUGGGCUUCCAGCAUCUUUGACCUAAAGAACUGCGUGGCUGACUCUCUGUUGCCUUCGCUGCUGGCCCGCACGGCUAUCGAGGAGACGGAUCGCAGGAAUGAGGAGCAGCGUAAGGAGAACCGGCAUAGCGAGAUCCUGGCACUUUACCCUGCUCCUGACGAGGAGGAGGCGGUGGAACGCUGCAGCGUCCCAGAAGUGCCCAAGGAACACUUUGGCCAGCGGAUCUUAGUGAAAUGUUUGUCUCUGAAGUUUGAGAUCGAUAUCGAGCCCAUCUUUGGAUCGUUGGCGCUCUAUGAUGUGAAAGAGAAGAAAAAGAUUUCUGAAAAUUUUUAUUUUGAUCUCAAUUCGGAGCACAUGAAGGGUCUUCUGCGAGCGCAUGGUGCCCAUCCUGCCAUCUCCACGCUUGCACGCUCAGCUGUCUUUUCUCUCACUCAUCCAUCUCCGGACAUAUUCCUGGUGAUCAAGCUGGAGAAGGUGCUGCAGCAGGGGGACAUCGGUGAGUGCUGUGAGCCGUACAUGGUCAUGAAGGAAAUGGACGCUGCAAAGAACAAAGAGAAGCUGGAGAAACUACGGGGGGCUGCUGAGCAGUUCUGCACACGCCUGGGACAGUACCGCAUGCCCUUUGCCUGGACAGCCAUCCACCUUCUAAACAUCAUCAGCAGUGCCGGCAUGCUUGAGAGGGAGACUUCUGAGGCCGAAGGCGAGCGCAAAGGCACCUGGAAUGAGCGCAAGAGGAAAGCAUACGAGCGCAUGAGUGUUGGGGAGGAGAUCUGCAGCUUCGGCAACUUCCGCCCAGCAACUCUCACUGUCACCAAUUUUUUCAAACAGGAGGCUGACCGUCUCAGUGAUGAAGACUUGUACAAGUUCCUGGCAGAUAUGAGGCGACCCUCAUCUGUCCUGAGGAGGCUGCGGCCUAUCACCGCCCUGCUCAAGAUUGACAUUUCACCAGUGCCAGAGAACCCACAUUACUGCCUGUCCCCGGAGCUGCUGCAUGUCAAGCCCUAUCCUGACCUUCGGGUCCGGCCCACCAAAGAGAUCCUAGAGUUCCCGGUCAGGGAGGUCUACACGCCUCACACAACAUACAGAAACCUGAUGUAUGUUUAUCCCCAAAGUCUGAACUUCAGCAGCCGGCAGGGUUCAGUGCGGAACAUCACGGUGAAGCUGCAGUUCAUGGCUGGAGAGGACCCUGAGCAGGCCUUGCCGGUUAUCUUUGGAAAAUCAAGUUGCAGUGAGUUUGCAAAAGAGGCCUAUACUGCCGUGGUGUACCAUAACAAGUCCCCUGAAUUCUACGAGGAGUUCAAACUGAAGAUCCCAGCCAACCUCACCGACAAUCACCACCUCUUGUUUAUCUUUUACCAUGUGAGUUGCCAGCAGAAGCAAAACACGCCCCUGGAGACGCCUGUCGGCUACACAUGGAUCCCCCUCAUGCAACAUGGACGGCUGAGGACUGGCCAGUUCUGCCUCCCUGUGUCCGUGGAGAAGCCUCCACCCAGCUACUCCGUGCUUACCCCUGAUGUUCAGCUGCCAGGCAUGAAGUGGGUAGAUAAUCACAAGGGAGUCUUCAACGUGGAGGUGCUGGCCGUUUCCUCUGUCCACACUCAGGACCCGUUUCUAGACAAGUUCUUCACCCUGAACCACGUGCUGGAGGAAUAUUCCUUCCCUUUCCGACUGAAAGAUGUGAUCCUCACAGAGAGCAACAUGGAGUGUGAACUGAAAUCCAGCGUGGGCAACCUGCGAGUGGCCAGCUUGGAGCCCCUCAUCGCUUUCAGCCACCAGGUCCUCAACAAGCUCAUCCGCCUGAUUGUCCGUCCACCUGUCAUUGGAGGGCAAAUUGUGAACAUGGGCCGUGCUGCCUUUGAAGCCAUUGCUCUGAUGGUGAAUCAGGUCCAGAAGAACCUUGAAGGUAGCCACGACCAACAUGGCCACAACCAGCUGCUGAGCUCCUACAUCUUCUAUGUCUUCCAUCUGCCUGGAGUGGAACCAGGCUUGCCAGAAACCAGAGUGCAAUCACACAGCGGUUCCAUUCAGUCCGCCACUUUGUCCCGUGCGACGGGGCGUCCAGCCAGCCUAAACCUUUCCCGUUCCAAAAGCAUCAGCAACAGCAACCCGGACCUGACCACAACCCCAGACUCCCCGGAGGAGCAAGCUCAGAAGUUCAUCAGCAGCAAGGGGAUCGACCGCUCUCAUUCCUGGGUCAACUCGGCUUAUGCCCCUGGAGGCCCAAAGAAUGUGCUCCGCAGAAAUCACCCAAACUCCAGCACGGAUCUGAAGCAGCUGCUUCAUGAAGAGCUGGCCCUGCAGUGGGUGGUGAGCACCAGCGCCGUGCGAGAAGCAGCCUUGCACCAAGCUUGGUUCUUCUUUCAGUUGAUGGUGAAGAGCAUGGCUCACCACCUGUUCCUCAGUGACAAGCUAGAGGUCCCUCGCAAGGUGCGCUUUCCCAGCCGUUUUGUUGAUGACAUCUCGGCCCUGGUGUGUUCCAUCAGCGCAGAGAUUGCCAGCCGCUGCCAGAAGGAUGUGGAACUGGUGGAACAUCUCAACAGCAGCCUGGCCUUUUUCCUCAACGACCUGCUGUCCCUCAUGGAUCGGGGCUUUGUCUUUCACCUCUUGCGCUCCUAUUACAAGCAGAUUAAUAACCGGCUCCUGGCUACCCAGAACCCAAACAGCCUUGUUGCCUUGAGGAUGGACUUCAUCCGCAUCGUCUGCAGCCACGAGCAUUAUGUCACUCUGAACCUGCCUUGCGGUGGCCUCUCUCCACCUUCUUCCCCGUCACCUUCUGUGUCGUCUGCAACCUCUCAGGGUUCAGCCUUCUCCAGUCACACGCAGGACCAACGAGUGGCCAACAUGUUCGAACUCUCUGUGGCAUUCCGGCAGCAGCAUUUCCUGGCUGGGUUGGUGCUAAUGGAGUUGGCGCUCAUCCUGGAGCCCGAUGCCGAGGGAGCUUUCUUCCUGCACAAAAAGGCCGUCAGUACUCUACACAACCUCCUGUGCAGCCACGACUCCGAUGCGCGCUAUGCAGACAGCACCGUGCGGGCACAUGUGGCCCAGCUGUACUUGCCUCUGAUUGGUAUUAUUAUGGAUGCCCUGCCCAGGCUCUGUGACUGCACUGAGAACCACAGCCAGCGGGGGCGGCUAGCCUCUGUCGGGGUCGAGGAAGGAGCCGGGGAUGGCAGCACCAUUAGCCAUUCUGUCGCCAUGGCCAUCGCUGGAUCUCCGCUGCCUCACACUCACCGACCCAGCCUCUCCCAGAUGCCAUCAGUGCCUCCUCGCCAGUACAGCAUGCUGUCAGCUGAGGUGAGCCGCACGCUGCUGGUGUGCCUGCUCUGGGUCCUGAAGAAUGCAGACAGCGCUCUGCUGCACCGCUGGCUGGCCGACCUCUCCGCCAUGCAAGUGACUCGCCUCCUAGACCUGCUCUACCUCUGCAUCACCUGCUUUGAAUACAAGGGCAAGAAGACCUUGGAGCGUAUCAACAGCCUGACUUUCAAGAAGUCUCUGGAUAUGAAAGCACGACUGGAAGAAGCUAUCCUGGGCAGCAUUGGAGCUCGCCAGGAGAUGGUUCGACGCAGUCGAGAGCGCAGCCCAUUUGGAAACCACGAGAAUGUUCGCUGGAGGAAGAAUAUAGCCCACUGGAGGCAGCAUUCAGACAAAGUGGACAAGUCCAAAGAUGAAAUGGAACACGAGGCUGUGGUGGAUGGGAAUUUGGCCACCGAGGCCAACAUGGUGGUGCUAGACACCCUGGAAAUCAUUGUACAGACGGUGAUCUUAUCCGAAGCCAAGGAGAGCGUCCUGAGCGGGGUGCUGAGGGUGCUUCUUCACAGCAUGGCAUGUACCCCUAGCGCCAGCUUUCUGCAGCAUUGCUUUGCCACCCAAAGAGCGUUAGUCAGCAAGUUCCCUGAAAUGCUUUUCGAGGAGGACACAGAACUCUGUGCCGACCUGUGUCUGAGGCUCCUGCGACAUUGCAGUAGCAGGGUGGGCACCAUCCGAGCCCACGCAAGCGCCUCUCUCUACUUGCUGAUGCGACAGAACUUCGAGAUCGGCAACAACUUUGCUCGAGUGAAGAUGCAAGUCACGAUGUCGCUGUCCUCCCUGGUGGGAACAUCACCGAAUUUCAACGAGGAACACUUGCGCCGCUCACUGAAGACGAUCCUGACUUAUGCCGAGGAGGACCUGGAACUGCGGGAUACCACCUUUGCUGAGCAGGUUCAAGACCUCGUCUUCAACCUGCACAUGAUCCUAACUGACACGGUGAAGAUGAAGGAACACCAAGAAGACCCCGAGAUGCUGAUGGACUUGAUGUACAGGAUAGCCAAGGGGUACCAAACCUCCCCAGACUUGAGGCUGACGUGGCUGAAGAACAUGGCAGCAAAACAUUCAGAGCGUGGGAACCACGCAGAGGCAGCGCAGUGCCUGGUGCAUUCUGCUGCUCUGGUCGCCGAAUACCUGAGCAUGCUGGAGGAUUGCAGCUACCUUCCUGUGGGCUGUGUCACUUUCCAGAACAUCUCCUCAAAUGUACUGGAAGAGUCUGCUGUCUCCGAUGAUGUCCUGUCCCCUGACGAAGAGGGCAUCUGCUCCGGAAAGUACUUCACGGAGCAGGGUUUGGUGGGGCUCCUCGAGCAGGCGGCUUCCUCGUUUACUAUGGGUGGGCUGUACGAGGCUGUCAACGAGGUCUACAAAAUCCUCAUUCCCAUCCAUGAAGCCAAUCGUGACUUUAAGAGGCUGGCUGUCCUGCAUGGCAAAUUGCAAGAUGCCUUCAGCAAGAUCACCAACCAGGCCUCUGGCUGGGAGAUGACUCAGAGGAUGUUUGGAACCUAUUUUCGGGUUGGUUUCUACGGCUGCAAGUUUGGGGACCUGGAUGAACAAGAGUUUGUGUACAAGGAACCGUCCAUCACCAAAUUAGCUGAGAUCUCUCACCGACUUGAGGAGUUUUAUGCCAAGCGUUUUGGGGAUGACGUGGUAGAAAUUAUCAAAGACUCGAACCCUGUGCACAAGAACAAGCUAGAUCCUAAUAAGGCAUAUAUCCAGUUAACUUACGUGGAGCCAUUCUUUGACACCUACGAGCUGAAGGAUCGCAUCACAUACUUUGACAAGAACUACAACCUGCGCACCUUCAUGUUCUGUACACCCUUCACACUGGAUGGACGAGCGCACGGUGACCUCCAUGAACAGUUCAAGCGCAAGACCCUGCUAACCACCUCUCACGCCUUUCCCUACAUCAAAACCCGCAUCAACGUAAUCCGCAAAGAGGAGAUUAUUCUCAUUCCUAUUGAGGUGGCCAUAGAGGACAUGCAAAAGAAAACCCAAGAAUUGGCCUUUGCUACCCACCAGGAUCCAGCUGACGCCAAGAUGCUGCAGAUGGUUUUGCAGGGAUGUGUUGGCACCACAGUCAACCAGGGACCUCUGGAAGUGGCGCAAGUUUUUUUGGCUGAGAUUCCUGAUGAUCCCAAGUUGUAUCGGCACCACAACAAGCUGAGGCUGUGCUUCAAAGACUUCACCAAGAGGUGUGAAGAUGCCCUUCGCAAGAACAAGUCACUGAUUGGGCAAGAUCAACGCGACUAUCAUCGAGAGCUGGAGAGGAAUUACCAGCGCCUGAAAGAAGCCCUACACCCACUUCUCAACCGCAAAAUCCCUCAACUGUACACACCAGUUGCCCCAUAUUCUGCACACAGAAACUCUUUCAACAGAUUGAGUAUGCGGAAGAGUGAAGCCUAGAAAGGACGUUCCCAAUGGAAUCGACUCCCUGAAACCGCUUGCAAGAGGGAGCUUUGUAUCCCAGAGCCCAGCCCGGCUUAGAGGCCGUGCUUUUUCUGUGCUGGGACGAACACUGGUUUGGACUUCCAGGUUUUCUUCAGCAUAUAGGCCUCGUCAAACACUCCGAUAGGGAGAAAAAUGUGUGUGGAAGAUGAUGGUAGGAGACAACUGAUUGUCAUUUCACGUCCAGCUGAAAACUGGACUCCAUCCUCCGAAUUUCAGCGCACUGCCCUCACCCAGCACAGACCAUCUCGUCCUCGUCAAUAACUUCUGUCUGUUUCUACUGAACUAAAGAUCUGCUUUGUAUAUAUGGUUCUUGGACCACCGCCACCCGAGGAGCCAAAUCUAAAGCUUUAGUUAUGGUUGCAUUUGGAGGUCUGCCCUAGUGUAACUUGUGGGUGAAACAAAGAACUUGCUCUCCCCUUUCUGUUGUUCCGUUCUCGACUCCUCCUUUGGCUGCCAGUUGGAAAUUCCAGCUGUCCUUGGAUCUACAAGAAUGUCCGGGUUAAGCUUUGUAUCCUACUCCUGCCCUGAGGCAGAAAGCAACGGUUUCUGGGAAGUAUGGGACUAUAAUGGCGCAACCUGAGUUGCUUUCCAAGGUGAGCAGGCCCUUGAGGGAGGAAUUUCAUCCACCUACAUAAUCUUGGCCAAAAAAUCGGCAACUCAGACUCACAAUUCUUCUGCUCUUCUUUGCUGGCUUGAUAUAGCUGGUAACCAGUACUACCCAAAUGGCCUCCUGCUAAUCGCAUUCUGAAGCAUUGACCAAAGACCGCUUUCUGUCCACAGUGCCUCUUGUUAAAUCCUUUUGAGAUAGGACCUGGUGUUCACACAUAGAUGCAAACACAGCAAUUCCUUCCAAACAGAGUGAGAAUGGAACCUUGGUCACCUCCCUACAUCCAGACGUGAAGGAUGGUGGUGUAUGCGUCUCUCUUAAGAGGAGUAACCCAUUCAUCUCCCUUGCUUCAUCUCACUCAGUGCCUCUUUCCCUCCCUCCAGCAAGUGAUGUAAAGGAGAUUUGCUUUUAUAGCUAGACCUAAAUCCAUACUUUACUAGGCUCCUAUAUAAAAAGGUGAAAGAUUGUUGUCAAUCCACAAGAGGAGAGAGGAUCUUCAGGGAAGAUGGAUGUAUCUAGAGGCAGGCACAAACCGGGAAAAUGGCGGUUCAUUGCAGUUUGUGGUUCGUCAUAUUUCACGAAUCACGAACUGCCAUGAACUUGCCCGGUUUGCGAACCGGUUCUUUGGUUUGUCACUUCUGACACUGCAGAAGGUCUGCAGAAAGCGCCCCCUCAUUGCCCAGGUAACGGAUUGACCAGUGCCACAUUAUCUGCAGCGAUGAACUGAAAAAUGAACCAUACAAACCGUCUAAAAAUUAUAGCGGUUCGUCAUGGUUCAUCAGAAAUGAGCUCCAAUGAACCAAAAAACGGCCCAGUUUGUGACAAAAUUUGGUUCGUAUUUCAGUUCGUGCCCACUUCUAAUUGUAUCCCAUUUCUGAAAGCUGGGGAUCAUAGAUGGAUAAAAGACAAACCAAAAUUGCUGUAGGCCUUUUCUACCAAGGAAAUUGAAUCCAGAUGUACUUGUUUGUGACCGUGGAACGUUUCACCAAAAAGUAUGGGGUUGAUCACCUCCCUUGAUAAGAGCUGCGUGCUAACCUGUCAAGGACAAGUAUCACUUCUUGCUAAAACGAAGUGGGAAAAUAAAUAAGCAGUGUGAUACAGAUUCUGAAAUCAUCCUUUGGGUUUUCAAAGACUUGAUGAGUAAUAUGAUAAGCACCGAGCCACUGCAAUAGACCUCGCCCCCGCUUCCAUUUUCCUGCCUCUUGUGUUUUUUUCUUUAAAAGCAAUGUUUGCGCUUUUCCUAAACACAGAAAGGCAUGAAGAGAUCUGUUUUAUACAACUCAGGUAACCAAAUCUAUACCUGUCUGGAUCCAAAAUGUAUUCCUACCUGGAUCAGAAUCCCAUUUUUCCUUCCUUGCCAGAAUUUCCAGAACUGGUGGAUAUUUUCUGGUGUGCUGGGGCCAGGCUCUGGUGUGUAGCUCAGCUUUGAUGGUGGUGCAUCUGACAUCUGUUUGUCUGCUGAGAUUGUAAAUAUUUUACUGAUAUUGUGGCUGAAGAAAAGCAUACCCUAAAA